GUUUAUUACCAACAGUAAUGUUUCGGUCGUUAUUACCGCUUAAUAGGCUGCUUAUUUCAUUAUUAAUUAUUAUUCCACUCGAAAAUGAAACCGCAAGUUUAUCAAGGGAUAAGUCUCCUUUCUAUCGCGGAGGUGAUAAAAUCGUGUAUCUAUCUGCAAAAUAUUCUUAGAUAAGAUAUAAUCAGAAAUAAUCAGUCCAUUAGAUAAGCAAAGCGAAAAAAUAGUGUGCUAGAGAACGACAAAAAUACCGCACUUAGUUUACCUAGCUGCGUUAAACAACAAAAUCGCUUUAUUAAAAUAAAUUGAAUUGCGGGCUUCUUUAUUACUUAUAUGAUUGUUUUGCGUUCAUAAGCUAUUUGAUAAAACACAUCCGGCCCUAAAACGCGAUCCUGGUGCAGCACAAAUGCACGUUUGUGAAACCCAAUAUGGAAUUGUUGAAUCAGAGUGUCAGGUCGUUACUUAUUAUAGUGGUUAUUUUAUUUGGUAACCAAAUAAUAGUGAUAAAUGUUAGUGGGAUACUCAAUGAUGCAGUGAACAGUACAAACUUUACUGAUAAUGUUAACUCAACGCAACUAUCAUCCACUGCUAAUGAAGAGGCGACAACAAACCAAAGCAGUACAACAAGUGAAGAUAUUUCCACAACAUCAUCAAGCGCAGUUACUAGCUUUGAUCGUAUUUUGACCACCACAUUGAUUAUGACAAAUGGAUAUUCAAAUAUCACAACUAGCGAUUCCAAUAGUACGACCGAAAGUAGUACGACCGAAAAUAGUACGACCGGAAGUAGUACGACCGAAAGUAGUACGACCGGAAGUAAUACGACCGAAAGUAGUACGACCGAAAGUAGUACGAUCUUUCCUACUUCUAGCACCACCAUUUCAACUACAACCAAAAUAUUGUGUGAUACAACAAUUCAUGGCGUUAACGUAACCAGCAUCCACUCAACCCAAGUAUUGAUGGACUUGAAUAUGACAACAGAUGAAAGUUGUUAUCCUUUGAUCGCUGGAAUUAAUUGCACCGAUCACUACGAAAUGGCUUUUAAAUACACAAAAGCUUUGAAUAAUCCUACAGAUAAUUUGGUUAUGGGCAACUUAUCUGAAUUUACUAAUUACACAUGCACUAUCACAGUUGAAGGAGAAUUAAAUAAUUUAUAUAAUGUCUCAUUCAGGACUGCUGAAGGAGUUCCUGGUACCCCAAUAAAUCUAAGAGUAAUACUUUUAAAUUCAACCAUAUUUAGGAUAACAUGGAGUGAACCUCAAAAUGUAACAGCUAUUAUAGAUGGGUACAACGUAACAAUAAAAAGAGUGGAAGUCAAUAGUGAAAAUCACUUUAUACGUAAUUGUUCUUUAAUGCCAGCACCCGUACACAAUAAUUAUACAAACGAUUUAAUCUACGAUUUUCUGGGUGAACCUGAUUUUGUUUAUAUUGCAACUGUAUCGGCAUGGUCCUUAACUACUAAGAAUGGAAGCUUUGCCGCAAUUAAUGUAACUACCAGAGCAGAAGCAUCAGAGGUGCCUCAUAAGGUUAUUCAAUCAUUAAUUGAACAAAAUGGAAUGAAUAAUAUCAAGAGGAGUUUGAAUAUUUCAUGGGAAAUGCCUUGUAAUACUAACGGUCCCGUGGAAAAAUUUGUAAUUGAAUUAACGGGCAAAUAUAAUGGAGACAUAUUUACAAAUCCGAUUUAUUAUGUAAAUGUAAGUGCUAGCACUGAAAAUGAAAAUUACAACUUCAUCAUAGAACUGGAAGCAGCCUCUUCGUAUACACUCAAACUUUAUAUGCCCUUCAAAGACAGCCUUCAUGAAAACAAGUAUAUUGAUGAUUUUGUGACUGGGGACAAUUAUCCAAGUGCUCCAAAAGUAAUUUUGUUUAGGACUUUUGCUCGUAAUUUCACAGUGAAUUGGGAUGAGCCUGAUAAUAAACCUGGAAAUAUAACUGGAUAUAGAGUUCAUGUUUACUAUAAACAGAUUAAUUGGCAGCAAACCAAUGCAUGCCAACUUGAAACUGAUUUAAAUGUAACUCGAUAUUUAUCAAGCGAUGCGCAUUCGUUUAUAGUGGAAAAUGUACUUCCUGCAACUACGUAUGCAAUAGAAAUUUUUGCGGAAACUUCAAUAGGUUUUGGGAACUCAACUGAAAAGUCGGUAACUUCUCUCAGCUCACAGCCAGAAAUUCCGAAUAUGACGUAUACCAUCGAAAAUCAUAAUUCUAUGCAAAAGGAUUCCUACGAUGUGAAUGGAAGAGUUACAUAUGAAUCAGGUUGCUUGAAUGGAAAAUUUGAAUCUUACACUGUAUCUUACACAGGAAAUCGAUCCGGAUAUGUAGAUCAUACCGAUUUUGAAGAAAUACUAGACUUCAACGUUAGUAGCUAUGUGUUUGCUUUGAAACCUGCACGUUUCUAUUCUGUAAAUGUAACAAUUAAAAAUUCUGAGGAUUUUACUUCGAGAAAAAGUAUUCAGUUUAUGUCACCAGUUGGAGUCCCAACAUUUGAUGAAGAGACACUAUCAAAUAUUCAAAUUGUCACACACACAACAGCUGCAGUGGUUUCUUUAAAAAAAGAAUAUUUCAGUAACAGUAAUGGAAAUCUCGAUUAUCUAGCGAUUAUUGUUUCGAGUGAAAAUACAACUGGGGGCACUAUUACAAAUUGGACGUAUAAUUCACAAUGGCCAACCCCAGAAAAACUGACUGAAGCUCUUCAUUAUCAAGUAACUCCAAAGUUUUGGAAUCCUUUCAAAGAAAAAACUUUUGUGAAUUAUUCAAUCGGAGACAACCAAAUGAUGUGCUCAGAGGAUGAACAAAUUUGCAAUAAGGCUUUAGAUCCAGGCAGAACCUAUUUUGUAUAUUUAAGAAUGUUCAAUGCUCAGUAUUACAGAACCUCGAUGCCGUUUACAAUCGAAACGGAGCCCACGAAAAAAGUAGGUCUCAUUGUUGGAAUAAUAUUUGGUUUGUUUGGUGUAUCUGCUAUGGGAUUUGUUGGUUUUAUUUUAUGGAGAAGAGGCUAUUUCAAUAAAUUCUUAAAGAAAGAAGACCCGGAGCCAAAAACAGAAUUUUCCAAAGAAAGGUUUGUGGAAUACUGUAAUUAUCUUGAACAAAAUCCAGAUGUCUUCAAUGCUCAAUGGACGGAUUUACAAAUUAAAAGUGAAGAAAUAUAUGAAGGUUUACAUACUCAUUUUGCCCUUCUUAAUGAAAACAGACGGAAAAAUCGAUAUACUAAUAUUUUACCAUUCGAUCAUAGUAGAGUUAAAUUGAACAUAGAUGAAGACGAUGAAAUCUGUUCGGAUUACAUAAAUGCAUCUUAUAUAAAGGGAUUUUCGAAUAGAUAUGAAUACAUAGCUACACAAGGUCCAUUACCGCAUACAGUUAGAGAUUUUUGGAAAAUGGUAUUCCAAGAGAACGUAACCAUCAUUAUUAUGGUGGCCAAAUUUAUCGAAAAUAAAAAAGAAAAAUGCUACAAAUACUUUCCCAAUAAUAAUGAAACCAUGUUGUUUGGAGAUGACAUAGAAGUAAAAUGCUGUUCGGAGCUUCACUUCCAAAUAUAUUGUGUGAGAACUCUUCAAGUUCGAAAAGAUCUCAAACAAAUGACAGUUACUCAUAUGCAGUUUCUAGAAUGGCCUGAUCACGGAGUACCAAUUGGUACUGACAAUUUGUUGCUUUUCUGUCAUCAAAUGAGAAAUAGAUGGGCUUUUGAAGGUGGAAUGGCGGUUGUACACUGCAGUGCUGGUGUUGGUCGAACAGGAACUAUAAUUGCCACAGAUAUUUUAAUUAGGGCCAUUGAAGCUGGCAAAAAGUUAGACGUUUUUAAUACAGUAUUAGAUUUAAGAAGGCAAAGAAAAUUAAUGGUCCAGACUGAGAAACAAUUUAUGUAUAUUCAUCAAUUAAUUAGAAAUAUUAUAGAAGAUCCUAUAGCCGAUGACGAAGAAGACAACCAAGAACACAUAUAUCAGAACAUCAAAUUAGCUAAUGAGAAAUUUGUUAGAGCAGGAAGCGAUGUUGUUGAAAGUUCAUUUUAAUUUGUUUUACUCAAUAUUUCAGAUAAAACAUUCCAUGACGCUGGAAAUUAUUGAAGAUAAUAAUAACUGUGCCUAUAGAAAUUAAAUGUAAAAAAAUGUAGAAAUAUUUAUUAUUACUUGUAAAUAAUAUUAGGAGAAAAUUUGCAGUGCUCUCAUAGAUAUUAUAGAGGUGCUGUG